AUGCCAUGUAUACAAAAUAAUUCAAAAGAAUUUCUAAUUGAAGAAAUCAUGAUGUUGACAUUUCGUGGUUAUAUUAUGCCAGCAUUCAUUGUAUUCGGUAUAAUUGGAAGUAGUUUUGUGAUAAAUAGUUUUUAUUCUAUGCAAAAAUUACAACCAUCCCGAUUUAAUAUUUAUAUUAUAUGGAUUACAAUAUUUCAAAUUGUUGAUUUAAUUACAAAUACUUUAUUAGAUGAUUUUCUUGGACGUGGUUUAACAUGGGCAAGUGAUUGUAGUAUAUUUAUUAAAUUAGAUACUAUUUCAUCAUUUUCAUGUAAAAUUAUGAAUUAUGUACCGUAUACAGCUGUACUCACCUCGAAUACAUUGAUAGUGAUUUUUAGUAUUGAUCGAUUGUUAACUGUAUAUAAACCAAUCAAAUUUCGUGGAGAUCAUUGUUUAGCAUUGCCACGUUUAUCAAUUAUUUUUACUAUAUGUACAUGUAUGCUGUUAUUUUUACCACAAUUAAUUUAUUCUGAUCUAGUCAAGAAUGAUAAUACAUCAUCAUUGGUGAAUGGUACUUGUCAAUAUGUGAAUUCAUUAUAUUUUGGUGUACAAUAUAGUUUAUAUUUAUCUACAGUUGGUGGACAUAUUACGCCGACAAUUCUCAUAGCUAUCAUUAAUAUGAUGAUUAUUUUACGUUUACGUUAUUUAACAAAACAUCGACAAUUAAUGUAUGGUAAACGAAAUUCCAUUGGACACACUAAACAUCCGAUCGAUAAUCAUACUCAUAAUAAUAAUAAUAAUAAUAAUAAUUUUCUUAAUCGACAAUAUUCCUUAUCAUAUCUUUUAGUAUUUAAUCAACAUAAACAUCAUCCGACAAAUGAAUAUCAAACAGUUCAAAAUGAAAUGCGUCGAAUAAUUGGCCAUUUGCUAGUGACAUCAAUUUUCUUACUAUUCUCUAUUCCACUAGUUGUUGUCAUUAUAUUAAGACAACAGUCAGAUUUUCAAAAUUAUAAAAAACUCUAUCCAAUUUAUGCAAAACGUUUAGUACAUUUAUCAAGAUUAUUUAGUUCAUUGACAUCAAUUAAUUGUACAUUUGAUUUUUUAAUAUUUUUAUUAUUUUUACCAAAUUUUCGUUAUAUGGUUUAUUUAUCAAUUUAUUCGUUACCAUUGAUUAAAACAACUAAAUAUGCUAAGAAACGUAUUGAACAGAUUGAAAUUAAAUUGUCUAGUCGUUUGCGAACACGUUUUCGACGAUCCUUAGAGUCGAAAAUGUUACAGAAUACAUUUUUACAACGACGACCUGUUGGUACUUCAACGAUGGAUUGACUGAUUGAUUGAUUGAAUGAAGAAUUAAUUGAAAAUUGUGAUAGAAUUGUUAUUAUUAUUAUUAUUAAUAUUAUUUAUAAUUGACGAUGAAUAUUUUUCCUCACCUAACGUUUCUUCUUAGAGUUUACUGUUAAACAAUGAAAACUGACGAAUUACAAUAAAGAAA